UCCCUCUCACGAUCGUGAAGCAGCGACGACCUCACUCUCUAACAUUAGUGUACAGGCCUCACUCUCUCAUGUUUCUCUCUCUCAACUCUCAGCUUAACAUUAGUGUACAGGCCUCACUCUCUCAUGUUUCUCUCUCUCAACUCUCAGCUCACCUCUCGAUCGAUAUCUCUGUCGGCUCUAUCUCAUGGUCUCUCUGCUACCGAUUCUUCACUCCCUUUGCUAUCACCGAUCCAACUCUCUCUAUCAUCAUCGUUUUGUUUCGAAUUCAGUAACAGCAAACAUACAAACCUUCAAUCUUACCCUUUAUCCCAAACAAACCCUAAGCCCCAAUUCGUUAUUGAUUUUCGGUGAUUUCAAGAGUAUAUUUAUAAGUGAAUCAAAGCAAUUGCAAGGUCCUGUUGCUGAGGAUAUGUUUCACUGGCAAGCAACCAUCAUGGGGCCGGCUGAUAUCCCCUAUUCUGGUGGUGUGUUUUUGGUUUCGAUCCAUUUUCCUCCGGAUUAUCCAUUCAAGGCACCAAAGGAGGUUGUUCGUGCUUUUGAAAGAGUUAAGAAGGUUUGUCAUCUUAACUUUAGUGUGCACUUUGUUUAUGUUUCUUCGGUUGUUGAUUCUGGUUGAAUAUGAAGCAUAUACACAUACACCGGACAUGACACUGACAUAUAGACAAAAGUGUCCGUAUAUGAGUGUCUGCCUUCAACUUGAAGUGAAAUAU